AUGACUUCUCCUCCAGUAGACAACAAAGUGGAAGAGUUCACAGAAGAGUUUCGCUGUUCGAUAUGCCUAGACCAGUGAAACGAUCCAGUGGCUAUACCAUGUGGGCACAGGUACUGCAUAGAAUGCAUUCAUGAUUUUUGGGACCAAAAAGAUAAUUUGGGGGUCUUCAGCUGUCAGUGUGCACAGACAUUUAGCCCCAGGCCUUUUCUGAACGAUACCACACUGGCAGAUAUGGUGGACAAGCCGAAGGAACUGGAACUUCCAGGCAACUCUGAGAUUUGUAGCAAUUACAUGCAAGGUGGUGUAACCUGUGAUUUCUGUACAAGUAUCAAACAAAAGGCUGUGAAAUCUUGUUUGGUAUGUUUGGCAUCUUACUGCCAAAAUCACCUUCAAGCACACAACAAAUCUCCUGCCUUGAAGAAACACAAGCUGAUUGAAGCCUCUGUGAACCUCAACCUGCAGGAGAAGAUAUGUCCUCAUCAUCAUCAAUAUUUGGAGAUAUACUGUCGAACUGAUCAACAUGCAUGUCCUUUGUGUGUGAUGGAGGACCUCAAAGGUCAUGAUACAGUACCAGCAGCUGUGGAAAGCACAAAUAAACAGUUCUCAGAUUUCUGCCCACUGCAACUAAAUCAUUUAACAGCCCAUAAGGACCUUAGUUUGUCCAGUGGGAACAGAGAAACGGCUGUUCAGAGCCAAGAGCAAUCCUGUCUCGACCACCCGGAGCGCUUUGAUUACUGGUGCCAGGUGCUGGGCACUGAGGGCCUGACAGGCUGCUGCUACUGGGAGGUGGAAUGGAGUGGGAUGGGAGUAAACAUUGCUGUUGCAUACACAAACAUUGCCAGGAAAGGGGAAAGCAAUGAAGCUCACUUCGGUCACAACGACAAAUCCUGGAGUUUGUUCUGCGGCAGGAGAGGUAAUGCUUUCCGACACAACAGGAUUGUCAAUAAGAUCUCAGAGCCUGGCUCGUCAAAGUUUGGUGUUUAUCUAGAUCAUAGGGCCGGGACACUAGCUUUUUACAGCAUUGAUGACUAUAUGACCCUCCUUCACAGAGUUCAGACCACAUUCAUACAAUUGAGUUUGUGA